AGCAGUAGCGUGAGCGGUCUCCGAUAGUGCGGUGGCCUUAGCACUUUCACGGUAGGUUGCGUUACGAUUUGUGGUAACAUUACGUGUUAUUAAGUAAUGUUUUUGUGAAGUGUGUGUUGUCUUUUGUGAUCGUGUCUAAAUUGAUGGUAGGAUCUGCACUACAUACGUAAUGUCGACCAUGAAGCUGCUCUGGUCCUGUGUAGCCGCAGUAUUGCUAACAAUAACCAGCGCUGCGGUUGAUGUUGAAAAGACCGUACAGCAAGUUCAGAGCAUCCUCAAAGCGAACACCUUAUUACCUAGACUAACAAGAGCUGAAAUUAUAGAUCUUUUAAAUGAUAUACGAGAUGAAGACGCAAAAACUAAAUCAACAAAUAAACAGAAAUUAGUUGGAUUACAAACUUUAGUUACAAAACAAACUCCUGUCGGUGUAACAGCAUCAAUAAUACAACCAAAUGAGACGGAAAAUGAAAUAACUACGUCAACAAAACCGUCAGAGAUUGAUAUUAGUGUAAACGGAAAAAAUGGAUUUAAUGAAGUAGAAUCCACGACUAAAUCUAGUGGAGCUACCCUGACAGUCGUAUUACCUUACACCCCUCGCGACGGGUCAUCGCUCCAAGAACUUUACACAAGACCUCCUCGUCUUCAAGUUGUACCUGAAAAAGUUACACCUAAACCAGUUAAACCGUCGAAGUCGGGUACUAAGGUUGAUCAAACUUUAAAAAAUCAUGGAAAAGUCACCAACAAAGAAAAAUUCGAUUUACCAGCUGAACUGCAAGCAUUUUUGGAUUCACACGGCUUAAAAGGUAAACCAGGACAAGAUAAUUUUCUAUUACCACUUGAUGGAUUCAAGCCAUUACCACCGGCUAGAAUAGUAGAUGGAAACGUACAGCUACCAGAGAACCUAUUGCUCACUUACGACCUUAUUUCACCUUCUGACUUAACAACAUCAUCAACGAAAGAUCAGCAAUUUGCACAAACAAAUUUCUUAUAUGAUCCUCUACGCCCUGAAAUACCUUUUGAAUUAGAUACGUCAUCAUCUGAAUCAAAACAUUCUGUACUACCACUUGAUUUGCCAAAACCUAGAAAAACAAAAGCAAUACCGGAACCACCGAAGCCUAAUUAUGAGCCUAUUGAUUAUGAUUCUGUCAAAGUGAUUCCAUUACCAAAAGGUCCGAAUCCUGUGGAAGACGAAGUUAACUUAAAUGCUGAUUUUGAUCAAAAUAAAAGACAAACAAACGACACCAGUGCUCCAGGUAGUAUUGCUAGUGAAAGCCUUGUAAAUACAGAAUCUUCGGACACUGAUGUUGAUACAAAAGACUCAGGAGCCGUAGUAUCAGAUGUUGCUGCUUCAGAUACGGAUGCAGGAGCAUCUAUUGCUGAUCUCGAAGACUCUUUCGGUGGCGCUGUACCAGCAGAACCCGGAGAUUCAGAACUUCCUCCACCACGGAAAAACGGAUUCUACUGGAUGGUUGAUUGGAACAGUUUUUUGGAAGUAGGAGAUGGUGAUACAAAAGUGAACAUUCGAUUUGAACCCAAAUUAGGUGAUCCGCAAAUGUUCUUACCAGUAAACGUACCGUGAUGUGUUUAGCGAUAAUGAGUAGUGUUCUAGUCUUAUGGGGAUUUUGGUGUGGUUUCGUUGUAGAAAAAGUACCAACAACGAUUAAAACAAUGUAGUUUCAUAGAUACAAAACGCUUUACAGGACUCCAGAAAAAAAUGUGGUUUUCUUUCAAUAAUAGUAAAUAGUUUAAUUUAAAGUACGUGUUUUACCCUACAAUAAAACAGUUGUGAAUUGAAUACAUUGACAGGAAAGUUAUACUGCUAAUUUAAUAUGAUGUGCGUGUCCGUUUAAUAUAUAAAUCCCUCAACUGAAAUAUCAAACAUAAUUGUUUACGUCUUUACUAAAUGCAGUCAAGGUGAAACAGGCAGACAUAAGUAUGACGACGUAUAUAAACAUAACAGUGGUUAAAUGCAAGACCAUUGUUAUUUAGAAAAAAACUUUCAUAACAUCAAGGUCGUUCGCCUUGCUUAUAAUGAUGGGCACAUAAGCGUUACAUUUUCAAGUGAAAUGCAUAGGAAUGCAAUCAGGCAGGUCGUGACUACUAGACCAAAGCGAGAAUGAAAGCAAAAGGAGCGAAAUCGUCGCGUGCAAUAUUACGGUAUAUACGGACUAUACUUAUAUUGCCAUUUAGAUCAUCUUUUUGUAAAUAGCAUCUGAGACAGUGUUUUUUAUAAUAAAUUAUUUGAUUAUUGUAUUUUUAAUGA